UUUCUAUCAGCACCUAACAUCCAUGGAAUGCAACUUUCCUGGAUGAAGGUUACAGAAACAAUUGGUGGGUUUCUGUUUACUUAUGAAGAAAGUGUAGACCAGUGGAGGUUGGCCGGGAACGAGACAACGAGUAGUAGCGCACAUCUGUUUUAGCAGGGACAGGUGGAGAAACCAGGAUACUACAAUGGAAGCUUUCUCCAAGUCCUUUCGGGAAGAAGAAGAAGAUGAAGAAUCUCUCAAAUGGGCUGCUAUUGAGAGAUUGCCUACUCUUUUACGCGCAAGGAGAAGUAUACUCGCUGAUCAAGAGGAGGGUGAGGCCAGAGAAAUUGACGUCAAGGAUCUUGGAUUACUAGAGAGGAAGAAUUUGUUGGAUAGGUUAGUGAAGAUUGCAGAGGAAGAUAAUGAGAAGUUCUUGUUCAAGCUAAGGGAUCGCAUGAAUAGAGUUGGACUUGAAUUUCCAACAACUGAAGUGCGGUUCGAGCAUUUGAAUGUUGAAGCAGAAGCUUAUGUAGGCAGCAGGGCAUUACCUACAAUGUUCAACUUCUCCAUUAAUAUUAUAGAGGAGCUCUUGAAUUGCAUUCAUCUUCUUCCUAGUAGAAAGAAACCUCUGCCAAUUUUACAUGGUGUCAGUGGAAUAAUCAAACCAAGAAGAAUGACACUGCUAUUAGGCCCUCCGGGCUCUGGUAAAACCACAUUGCUAUUGGCAUUGGCCGGAAAGCUUGGUAAAGAUCUCAAAAGAUCUGGAAGAGUAGCGUACAAUGGACUGGGGAUGGAUGAGUUUGUACCGGAGAGGACAGCAGCUUACAUUAGUCAGCAUGAUCUUCACAUACCAGAGUUGACUGUGAGAGAAACUCUGGCUUUUUCAGCACGAUGUCAAGGGGUCGGACCACGUUAUGAAAUGCUAGUAGAACUAUUAAGAAGGGAAAAGGCUGCAAAUAUUAUGCCAGAUUCUGAUCUUGAUGUCUACAUGAAGGCAGCAGCACUAAAAGGACAGGAAACCACUGUGAUUACAGAUUAUAUACUCAAGAUUUUGGGUCUUGAAAUUUGUGCUGAUACCAUGGUAGGGGAUCAAAUGAGACGAGGUAUAUCUGGUGGCCAAAGAAAGCGACUCACCACAGGGGAAAUGCUUGUUGGCCCAGCAAGAGCACUUUUUAUGGAUGAGAUAUCAACUGGCUUGGACAGUUCAACAACAUUUCAGAUUGUAAAUUCACUAAGACAGUCCAUUCACAUUCUUAAUGGAACGGCUGUAAUCUCUCUCCUGCAGCCAGCACCAGAAACAUAUGAUCUCUUUGAUGAUAUAAUUCUCCUCUCAGAUGGGCAUAUUGUGUAUCAAGGUCCCCGUGCAAAUGUGCUUGAGUUCUUUGAGUACAUGGGAUUUCAAUGUCCUGAGAGGAAAGGAGUUGCUGAUUUCCUCCAAGAAGUGACAUCAUGGAAAGACCAGGAGCAAUAUUGGAGAGAUAAAGAUAAACCUUAUAGCUUUGUCACGUCCAAGACAUUUUCUGAAGCAUUGCAGUCAUUUCACAUUGGUCAAGAACUCGGUAAUGAACUUGCCAGACCUUUUGACAAGUCUCGUGGAAACCCUGCAUCUUUAACAACUGAGAAGUAUGGCAUAAGCAAGAAGGAACUUUUUAAAGCUUGUAUGUCUAGACAUUAUUUGCUUAUGAAAAGGAACUCGUUUGUCUACAUUACCAGAAUGAUAGUUUUCCUUAUAACUGCAUUUGUGACAACGACAUUGUUUUUACGGACUGAGAUGCACCGAGAUACAGUAGAAGAUGGUGGCAUAUACAUGGGAGCUAUGUUUUUCACAAUGGUGAUAAUUAUGUUCAAUGGGUACUCGGAGCUUGCUAUGACUCUCAUGAAGCUUCCUGUGUUUUUCAAGCAAAGGGACCUGCUCUUCUAUCCUGCUUGGGCAUAUUCUUUACCAACAGUGAUUAUAAGAAUCCCCAUGACCUUUGUGGAAGUUUCCAUUUGGAUGAUCAUCACUUACUACGGUAUUGGUUAUGAUCCAAGCUUUGGAAGGUUCUGCAAGCAGUUUGUUUUACUGGUGUGCAUUAGCCAGAUGGCAACUGGACUGUUCCGAUUGAUAGGUGCAUUAGGAAGGAACAUGAUUGUUGCAAACACGCUUGGAUCUGUUGUUUUACUAUGCUGUUUUAUUCUGGGUGGCUUUCUGUUAUCACGAGAGGAGAUGAAAAACUGGUUGCUGUGGGGAUAUUGGCUCUCACCGAUGACGUAUGCAAUCAAUGGAAUGGCUGUCAAUGAAUUUUUUGGAAAGAGUUGGAGACAUGUUCCACCCAACUCAACAGAAUCAUUGGGUGUUAUGGUCUUGAAGUUUCGAGGAGUGACUCCAGACGCAAGUUGGUAUUGGAUUGGAGUUGUAGCUUUAACUGGAUAUUUUGUUCUGUUCAACUUCCUUUACACCCUGGCACUUCAGCUUUUGGAACCACUUGAUAAGCCUCGGGCAGUACUGUCCAAAGAUGCCCUGGCAAAAAAACAGGCAAUGAAAGCUGGAGAGUGCAUUGAGCUAUCGCCAACAGGAAAGAACUCUAAUGCUGGACUCAUAAGUAAAAUUUUAUAUCCAUGUCUACCUUGUGGAUGUCCAGGAUUACUCAACUUUCUUUGGUGCAAAAAUGCAGGAGUAGGGAAAGAAGUUUUAGAGAAUGUGUCCGCUAAUUGUUCCAAGCAGCAAGGAAUGAUUCUUCCUUUUCAACCCCUCUCAAUUACAUUUUCUGAUAUCAGAUAUGCAGUGGACAUGCCACAGGAAAUGAAAGCUCAAGGCAUUACUGAGGAUCGAUUAGAACUUCUGAAGGGUGUGAGUGGUGCUUUCAGGCCUGGGGUUUUAACAGCUCUAAUGGGUGUGAGUGGAGCUGGAAAGACUACUUUAAUGGAUGUUCUGGCAGGAAGAAAAACCGGUGGAUAUAUUGAAGGGAACAUUUCCAUUUCUGGAUAUCCAAAAAAGCAAAAAACAUUUGCUCGUAUAUCAGGAUAUUGUGAGCAGACAGAUAUACACUCUCCACAUGUUACGGUUUAUGAGUCUUUGGUUUAUUCUGCAUGGCUUCGAUUGUCCCCUGAGGUUGAUAACCUAACCAGAGAGAUGUUUAUUGAGGAAGUUAUGGAACUUGUGGAACUGACCCCAAUAAGGGAUUCACUUGUUGGAUUGCCUGGAGGGAAUGGUCUGACAACGGAGCAGCGCAAAAGGCUCACAAUUGCAGUGGAGCUCGUUGCCAACCCAUCCAUUAUAUUUAUGGAUGAGCCUACGUCUGGUCUUGAUGCCAGGGCAGCAGCAAUUGUAAUGAGAACAGUGAGGAAUACAGUGGACACCGGAAGAACUGUAGUCUGCACCAUCCACCAGCCAAGCAUUGAUAUAGUUGAUGCUUUUGAUGAGAUGCUUCUUUUGAAAUGGGGUGGCGAAGAAAUAUAUGUUGGCCCUUUAGGCUACCAUUCUUCUGACUUAAUCAAAUACUUUGAGAGAAUUAGCGGGGUUCCCAAGAUGAAGAAUGGUUACAAUCCUGCAACUUGGAUGUUAGAGGUUACUUCUGCAGCCCAUGAAGCAGCACUAGGGAUUAAUUUCACAGACAUAUACAAGGAUUCAGAACUAUACAGGAGAAACAAGGUCUGGAUCAAGGAACUAAGCAUGCCUCCAUCAAAUUCAAAGGACUUGUACUUCCCUACAAAAUACUCGCAGUCUUUUUAUAUCCAGUGCAAAGCUUGCCUAUGGAAGCAACACUUGUCUUACUGGAGAAACCCGUCAUACAGUGCAGUUAGACUUCUUUUGACAACAUGGAUAGCUUUAGCAUGCGGGACAUUAUAUUGGGAUCUUGGUUCCAGAAGGCAAAAGAAGCAAGAUCUUUUUAACGUAACGGGUGCUAUGUAUUCUGCUGUUCUGUUCAUUGGUCCACAAAAUUCCUCAACAGUGCAGCCAGUUGUAGGCAUUGAGCGAAUAGUCUUUUAUAGAGAAAGGGCUGCCGGAAUGUACUCUGCCUUGCCGUAUGCCUUGGGACAGGUUGGCAUUGAGCUCCUGUACACUUUGAUCCAAACUAUCAUAUAUGUUGUUAUUGUUUACACCAUGAUCGGAUUUGAGUGGACAGUCAACAAGUUCUUUUGGCAACUAUUCUUCACGUACUUCACUUACUUAUACUUCACCUUAUAUGGUAUGAUGAGUGUGGCCAUUACUCCCGACCUUGCCGUUUCUGCUGUAGUUUCUACAGCACUGAGCCCAUUGUGGAAUGUUUUUUCGGGAUUUAUCAUUCCCAAAUCGCGAAUUCCAAUAUGGUGGAGAUGGUUCUACUGGUCAUGUCCGGUCUCUUGGAGCUUGUACGGAAUGAUUGUUUCACAGUUCGGUGGCAUUGAGGACAGGCUUGAUUCUGGCGAAACUGUGGAAGCUUAUACGAGGUCGUAUUUUGGGUACAGAGAAGAUUUUGUAAGUGUUGUUGCAGUAGUGCUCGUAGCUAUUUCAGUGCUCUUUGGAUCCGUCUUUGCUUUUUCAAUCAAAGCCUUUAACUUUCAAAAGAGAUGACAACGUUAUACAUCUGUAAACAUUCUAAAGCAAAUGAUGCCAUGAUUUCUUCU